UAUAAUCGAUUUUUUUUUUCUUAGUAUAAAAUAAAUUUACAUUUUUAUACUAAAAUGAUCUUUAACAUUUCACAUAAAACAUAUUCCAUGUAAAUUUAUCUCAAUUAAUAAUAUGUCUGAUACGGAAGGUGUUUUUGAAUUAGUGGAUCGAUUAUCUAUACAAAAAAACAUUAGUGAAAGAAGAAUAAGUAAACGUGAGAGUUCAAAAUUGUCUGACGAACCAACAUUAUUAGAAAAAAGGCUGUGUGAAGCAUUUGAUGUAUUUGAUAAUGCAAGAAAUAAUGAAGUGGAUGUUAGAGAUUUGGGUACCAUAAUAAGAGCAUUAGGAUGUGUUAUUACAGAAGCAGAAUUACAAGAAAUACAAGUUCAAGUAGAAGAUGUUGAAAAUAAUUGUGUGCCAUUGAAAAAAUUUGUUGAAUAUAUGCACAAAGCUAUUAGCGAACGCAAAUUUAAACCUGCAGAACCUGAAGAUCUAUUAAAAGCAUUUCAGUUACUAGAUCCUGAUAAUCGUGGUUUUAUCAUGAAAAAUGAUUUAGAAAAAACUUUGAUGGAAAUUGGAGAGCCUUUUACUAAAGAUGAAAUUGACGAAAUGAUGUCAGUUGCUUGUGAUCCAGCAACAAAAAGAAUUUAUUAUGAACACUACAUCAAUUUACUGAUUGUAAAAAUUCCUAAAAAUGAAAAUUUGUAUUCUAUUGCCGAUGAAAUUGAUGAAUUAAAAUCUAUACCUAAAAAACGUCGAUUAGAAAGUCUUCUUAUGGAAGCUGAAGCGAAAGAAGCUAAUAAAUCAUAGGAUUCAAUUUUAUGUUCGAAAUUUUAUUAGAG